AACGGUACGUCCCUAAAACAAACUAAGGCUAUCGUUCUUAUCAGCGUGGAAACUUCAAAAACUACUCGCCCAACUUAACCACAGGAACCGCCCCACUUCUGGUGUUAAAGUAGCUACCCUGAGUCUUGUAGAACUUCACUUUCAAUACUGUACGUGUGUCCUCUGGCAGGAAGCGCAGCGAAAUAAUGCCUCUGCGAGUUGUCAUGCAAGGUCCUGGACCCUGGGGAUUCCGUCUGGUUGGUGGGAAGGAUUUCGAACAACCAUUGACUAUCUCACGGGUUACCCCAAGCAGUAAAGCUGCCCAAGCCAACCUUUGUAUUGGGGACAUGAUCCUGGCCAUAGAUGGAGAAGCUACUGAACACAUGACUCACCUGCAAGCACAGAACAAGAUUAAGGGAUGCAUAGAAGAGAUGGUCCUCUCUGUAGACAGGUCAGAAUCCAAAAUGUGGUCUCCGCUCUCAUCUGAGGAAGGAAAGGCCAAUCCCUACAAGAUGAAUCUUGCAUCCGAGCCGCAGGAGGUUAAACAAAUAGGCUCCGCCCACAACAGGAGUGCUCUGCCGUUUGCUGCAUGCGGUUCCAAGGUGGUCACCAAUCAGUACAAUAGUCCAUCUGGGCUGUAUUCCUCACAAAACAUCAAGGACUUUAACACGACUGUGGAUGAGGCCAAAACCAUUGCCAGUGCUAAUGAGUCUGGGAGCAUCCCUGAUCCAUCAAAGCCAGGCAGUCGCCCACCAAUAGCAGCAGACUCCGAGGUGUACAAAAUGCUGCAGGAGAACCAGGAGUCAGAUGAGCCUCCUCGACAGUCAGCCUCCUUCAUGGUGCUGCAGGAGAUUCUGGAGACUGGUGACCCUGACAAGCCGUCAGGAUUCAGGAGUGUGAGACCACCCACAACAAAAAUGGGUUCAUCAGUGGGAAAUGCAGACAAAAUACCCAUAUGUGACAAGUGUGGAUCAGGGAUUGUAGGCAUGGUUGUCAAGUUGAGGGACAAAUUCCGUCACCCUGAGUGCUACAUCUGCUCUGACUGCGAAAUCAACCUGAAACAGAAGGGACAUUUCUUCGUCGAAGACCAGAUUUACUGCGAGAAGCACGCACGUGAGCGCAUGACCCCUCCUGAGGGAUACGAUGUGGUCACCGUCUUCCCAAAGUAGAGUGCUCAUUGAACUCUGGCUCAUACUGCACAUCUCCAUAGAGGCCCCUGAGCACAAUGAGAACAAACAGACAUUCCACCAUCCAAUUAUUCUGUCCUAAUGGAAGCGUGUCUAUUGUUCCAUAACUCUUCAAAACUAUAGCCGCUAGGCAUAUGUAAGACUUCGUUGAGUUUUGUCAUGAUUAUUUGCACAUAAGCAUUGAUAUUUAGAAUGUUAACCAAAGAAUACUAUGAAAUGAUGAUGGAAUAAUCAAAUUUAAUGAACGCUAAAUUCAAAAGUAUUUCGGUGCAUAGGCCCUGUGUGGUUGGUUUCAUAUCUCUUUCUCCCUGCAACAUUGAGGCCCAAUCUUCUGUUUGCAGAUGUCAAAGGCCACCAUGGUGUCACAUCCAGUUAUGUCACCAGAAUCUUAAACCAGUCUCACUUUAUUACUGGCCUUCAUAUUUUUCAUAAAGUACUGUAUUGUUUAGUUUUUUUUUUGUUUCAGAAUCAAUUGGUUAUUGUUAAUGUACGUGGUUAUUAUUACUGAAUUAAAAAAAAUUAACUCAA